UUUGUUGCGAGAGACUUGGCAAGAGAAAAGGAAGGGACCAAGAACACUUACUUUCACCAUGGGGCGACUACUGCAAAUAGAGAGGCUUUGUCCACUGCUAGUAGUGCUAGUCAUCCUUCUGGCAAGGACGAGUAGCGCAGAAGAAGAAGUCAAGGGGUUGACGACCGGAUCAGCGGCAGCUGCACCCGACACAGAAGACAAGACGGCCAAUCUUCGAGGACUUUCGUUUCUUGGCUUUGGUGAAGAAGGCUCCGAUACCAACCAACAAGAGGAAACCGACCCACCAAAACUAAAACAACUGCCUACUGCUAUUCCAAUUCCACCACCAGGAUCUGUCAAACUGAUUGAAAGUGUUCCCUGUGAACCAAACCACGAAAAGGCCAAGGCAUUUGUCGGUCUGUUUGGCAGAAUCGAUUCCGGGAACGAAGCCUGUGCCGCCGAAGCAGAUCCCGAUUCGUGUGCCGGUGGAUGCUGCCGCUUUGGAACGUACUUUUUGUGCGAUCGAAUCAAUGCGUACACGGAACUACCCUGUGUCUGCAACCGCAACACGGCCGGCAAUCACCCUCAUCGAGGGCAUAUUCAUUCCAGUAGUAGUAGUAGCACCACUGAAACCACAACUGAAACCAACAGUAGUGACAAGGAAAACAGUGACAAGAAGAACGAGCAAGAGACCAAGCAAGAGGAUCCCAAACAGCAAGAGGACAAUGACACAACUACUGAGAAGCCAAAGGAAUCGGAAGAAACUUUCAAACCUAGAACGGGUUUGCUAAAGGACAAGCUUGACGAGGACGAGGACAAGGGUACCGUUCCUGCAAACGAUAGUACCAACCGCGAUGGUGAAGACUUUGAGGAAAAUGAAGAACAGAACAAGGAUGGACUGAUUGACGCGGCUGCUAACUUUUUUGGUGUUGGCGAAGAACAAGACAACAAUGACGCGUCCAAUCAAGAAGAAGCUCCCAAUGACGGUGAUGCUGGCCCUAACACUGCUGACACAAGCAGCACAGAAACCACUGAAAGUGCAGCAACUCCAGGUGACAGUAACAACCAAGCCAGUGACUCAUCUGCGAAUGAUGAAGCCGCUCAGGAUAGUGUCAACAAGGCAUCGUUCUUGACGGGUGGUUUUGGAAAUAGUAACAGUGAUACGGAUACUACUGCGAGCACAGGUGAAAACACAGAUACAACUAACAGUGAUACAGCAGCAAACACAGAUGACAACAAUGAUGCUACAACCGCUGAAGGAGACAACGGUGAAGCAACACAGAGCGAAUCCAACAACAAUGAAAUCACGAAUGGUGGCGAUGAUGGUGGAAACCACAAUGCACCGGGUCCCGAGGUCAAUGAAGCUUCGUUCACGCUUGGAUGGGGCGGGCCGCCUGACGACGGGUAUGAUGAUCCGGGUGCUAGCAAGCAUAAUCUAGGUGCCGUCUCUAGUAGCAAUACUGCUCAAGACUACGGCAACGACAAGACAGAGACAAACGAUGCCGCAUUCUUGUCAAAUGGGUGGGGAGGAGACCCUCCACCUGAUAACGAGUCAGACAAGUCGGGGCACCGGGGUCGUGAGCUGGUGGAUUUUGACUACGACCACGGUCCCAUCAACGAAGCAGUGUUUCUGACUCCAUUUGGUGGAGAGCCCAAUUACUAGCUAGGAGACUGACUCGACGCGCAACACGUGCCUGUGGUCGUGUGAAGCUCAGCAAAUCAGCAAAUCCUAAUUAGUACUUAGUUAGUAAGUUUCUUCAUGC